AUGAUACAAGAAGAAAGAGCUGCAAUUGAAGAUGAAAAUAUUUCUAAUUUCAUAUUCUUGCCAGCAGAAGAUGUUUUUGACUUGGUAGGAGAAACAGAACAUCCUGCUAACAAUAAGGAUGCUAAAUGGGCUAUAAAAGAUUUAUUUAAACCUUUAGAUAUCAAUCUCUGUUAUAUUGCUUUUUAUAAAAAUUGA